GGGAACAGCCGGAUAGCCCGGGAAAGUGCGGCCAGACGCGGGGUGGGGGGCGCACUCUGAGCCGGAAUGGGAGACUGGAAGGGCUAUAUCAGUGCGGUGUUGCGUGACCAGCGCAUUGACGACGUGGCCAUCGUGGGUCACUCAGACAAUCGCUGCGUGUGGGCAUCGCGCCCCGGAGGCCUUCUGGCUGCCAUAUCGCCGCAGGAGGUGGGUGUGCUCACAGGGCAUGACCGGCGCACCUUCCUGCUGUCGGGCCUCAGCGUGGCGGGCCGCCGCUGCUGCGUCAUCCGCGACCACUUGCUGUCUGAGGGCGAUGGAGUUCUGGACGCGCGCACCAAGGGGUUGGAUGGGCGCGCGGUCUGCGUCGGCCACACCCCGCGCGUGCUCCUCGUGCUCAUGGGCAGGCGCGGCGUGCACGGGGGCAUCCUCAAUAAGACGGUGCAUGAACUGAUCAAGGGUCUGCGCAAGCAGGGCACCUAGCGGGACAGCUAGGCAGCGGGGCGGCACGGGCAAAAUAAAUGCUGGA